AUGAGGGGCUUCCUUGGCAAAAUUGGAGUUAGUGCUCUAAUAUGCAGCAUCCACUUAGAACCAUUUCGUCCAUUUGGUACAGGCUCAGAAUGGGUAGCAGAGAAUAGAGAACAAAAAUGGGAAAGGAAGAAAAAAAAGAGAGAGAAAGGAGUGACUACACAGUUCAUGUGCUCCAUUGCUAAAACCAACAACCCGUUGGGAUGUAUAUAUUAUCUUAAUUCCCAUUGCUUCUUCAUCAGACAUAAACCAGGUUUAGCGGCUUUUGUUGGUUGUAUGAUGCCAAUGAUGCUUGGAGUCUGCUUUCUAUGCCCUUCAAUGGAUUGCCUAUGGCACAAAUAUCAUUAUUGCCCAAGCUGCAAUGAGAAGGUUGCUGAUUUUGAAAAGUCUGAUCCUUGUCUGGUGAUGGAUCCUUCACAAUGGACACAAGAGAGCUUUGCUUUACCGGCAUGAUUUAAUGACUCGAUCACUGAACCUAUGGACG